CCUCUUCCUCUCUUUUUGCCUGCAGCUGCGUUCCCUGCCCGCUGCUACUCUCACGGGUCACAAGAAUCAGAUGAAGAAUUUGACGCUCGCUGGGUGACAUAUUUCAACAAGCCAGAUAUUGAUGCCUGGGAGCUCAGGAAAGGCAUAAACACGCUCGUGGGUUAUGACCUGGUUCCAGAACCAAAAAUCAUCGAUGCAGCCCUGAGGGCGUGCAGACGGUUAAAUGACUUUGCCAGUGCCGUCCGCAUCUUAGAAGUUGUAAAGGACAAGGCAGGACCUCACAAGGAAAUCUAUCCCUACGUUAUCCAGGAGCUUAGACCAACUUUGAGUGAACUGGGAAUCUCCACUCCAGAGGAACUGGGCCUGGACAAAGCAUAAACCUUA